GUGUGAUUUUUUUGCAUAAAACAAAAUUUUUCUUAUUGUUUUAUUUUUAUUUCGUCUGUCUGAAUUAAUCCGGCAAGAAAGCUUACUUUACUUUUAUGUCUAGAAGUCGUGUUUUGGGGCAUCUGACGGCGCUGUAAAUUGAUAUUGAGGGUGGUUUUGAAGUUACUUUACGAAUUCCAUACAAGUGGGUGAUUUUAAUACUUUUUCGCAUUCUUUACGCUUUCAAGUAGCAGUUGUAUUUAUUGUUCUUCAACUGAAGUUAUCGCGUUGUUUGUCUAAGCUUUUCUGAAGUUAAGGUUUAUUAAUUGUCAUAUUUUUAUGCAGAGUUUAUUUUUAAUUUUUUUCAAGACUUUUUUUCAACUUAACUUUAUUUCUGUGAAAGUAAAUUCGAUGACAUUAUGGAAUUCGAUUUCUUUUUCAUGGCCACCACGGCAGGCUUGCAGAAGUCCAGACGCUGAAUCCAAUUUUCGAGCAUAAAUGCUGCAAUUGCUGCAAUUUCACGUCCGAUAUUCGUACGAAGUUCAUCAAUCGUCGCUGGCUUGUUAGCAUAGACCAUAGAUAAUAGUCAAUAUUCAGUUUUAUUUGGCCGUAUUGAGGGAUUUGCAUGAGAACAUCCGUCGAAAAUGGCCGAAAAUGAAAGAGCAAUUUAUGGAUUUUACACGAUUAUAAUAUCAGUCACCACAGUUUCAGUUUUCACCACAUUUGGCACCGUGUGAUCUUUUCUAGUUCAACAAACUGAAAUUACUGCUCUGUGGAACUCGUUUUCAGUCGAUCAAAAAGAUAAAUAAAAUUCACUGAAGAAGCCGAAAGCUAUCCCAUCGACUGGAAAAAUCGUUGGCAGAAGUGUAUUACAUCUAGUGGGGAUUACUUUGAAGGCAACAAAAUAAAUAUUGAUUGAACUAUUUUGCGUUGACACAAUAAUUUGGCAUUUGAUGACCACAUUUGCUUUUGAUUAGUUUUUAUUGCCGUUGCUUCUCUUUGGCAACAGCUGUUUUUGUUGCUCUUUGCCGCUCGAAGUCUUUUCAUAGUCGGUACUUUUUAUUUACGACUUUGUUUAUUUAAUUUGCGAAAUAGUUCACAGUUUAGUGUCAAUGACAAUUAUUUGUUGUAUUGUAAUUUCAUAUUUUACAGUAAAUUACAUACCUAUUAUGUAAGUUUGUUUUUCUUCGCGUUACUUAAUUUUGUGUCGGUCGUUAAAAGUACAUAUAUUGUCGUUUGUAGGCAUUAUAAAAUUGGUAUGUAGGCGAUAAUUAAUGAUGACUGUGAAAAUUUCGCAACUAAAGACAGUAAAGGCUCAUUACUCGAACAAUAUAUAUACAUACAUAUGUACAUACAUCAUGGUGGUUCUUAAGGGCUAGAAAAGUUUUUCAACUACAUAUCAGAAUCAAAACUUAUAUGUGACAUAUUGGACUAUAGUUAUACGAGGUAUGACAAUUAAGUAAUGAGACUGAUUCCAUAAAAACCGUAUAUUCGAAAAUUAUUCUACAACUCUGCCAUCCCCUUCAAAGUAGUCCCCUUGGGCAGCUAUACAGCGAUUCCAGCGCGUUUUCCAUGCUUCGUAACAUUUCUGGAACGCUUCGACUGGGAUGUCCGCGAGUACCCUCGUCACGGCCGCCUGGAUGUCCGUAAUCGACUCAAAAUGGGUUCCUUUGACCACCGAUUUUGUUUCAGGAAACAAAAAAAGUCACAGGGUGACAUGUCGGGCGAAUAAGGCGGCUGUUGCAACAAGGCGAUCCUUUUAGAGGCCAAAUACUGGGACACGCUGAGGGCGGUGUGGCACGGCGCGUUGCCGUGAUGAAGGAUCCAGUUACAAGCGAUGUCUGGGUGCACCUGUUGACUCGUUUUCGCAAUCUUUCGAGUACUUGAUUCACAGUUUUCCCGGUGGAACGAAUUCUUUGUGGACGAUUCCACGGCUAUCAAAAAAGGCAAUAAUCAUCUUUUCACCUUCGACUUACUCGUGCGAGUUUUUUUCGGGCGGGGGGUGCGCGGAGACAACCAUUGUGAGCUUUGGCGUUUGGUUUCCGGGUCUAAGAGCACUAUCACCAUACACUCUUACAAUUUUAGCGUACGUUUCCGAAGCUGUUUCGCCCAAUCUGACGCAAAAUUUUAUCGCGACGCGUUGCUCUUGAUUUCGUUUUUCCAUUUUCGUGACGAGCACUACAAACACACGUCUACUCAACUUGACGCAGCAGGCGAACUAAACAAGCUAGAGCGAUGGUACAUAUAUCAAUGGAGAGGGGAGGGAUGCCGGAAAAAGAGAAAGAGAAUUUCAAGGUCACAGGUUUACCACAAGCGCGGCAAUAAAAUCAGUCUCAUUACUUAAUUGUCAAACCUCGUAUAUAUAAUGUAAAUUAUUAAGAUGACGAGACAAGUAGAAUUCCGAUUGACUGUCUGUCCACUCGUUGUUCGUUAAAAUGGUAAAUUAUCGACAAUCUUUGUUUAAGGGCCAGCAUCUGCCACCAUGUGACGAUCCCACCAAUCUUGAUAGAUUUCUGCUAUCACUUUUAAAUCCUAUGGGAAUGACUUUCCUUUUUCCUCACAACAAUUUCCGAAAUUAUCUGAAAUGAGUAUUAAGUUACAUUGUGACAAAAAAUAACCCGAAAAUUGUAACUAAAUUCCCUCGGUAAAUGAUAUUUCAAAAUUUUAUUUUGCUAAGUUGGUAGGACUGUCCUAAUUUACAUCUGGCUCUAGUAAUUUCACCGAUAUCGCUUUCCAGGCCUUGGGCAAGAAUUGCAAAUACUUGGCACCCAUGGACUUGGAGGAAUGCAAUCAGAUAACCGAUUUAACGUUGGCGCAUUUGACAACCGGUUGUCCCAGUUUAGAGAAACUGUCUUUGACGCAUUGUGCGCUUAUCACUGACGAUGGAAUACGUCAACUGGCGGCUGAUAAAUGUGGAGCUGAGAGUUUAUCCGUCCUCGAAUUGGAUAAUUGUCCAUUAAUCACCGAUCGUACAUUAGAGCAUUUAGUAUCUUGGCACAAUUUACAAAGAAUGGAGCUAUUCGAUUGCCAAAUGAUAUCGAGAGCAGCAAUACGAAAAUUAAAGUUUUUUUGUUUGCAGAAUCAUCUACCAAACAUUAAGCUACACGCCUAUUUCGCACCAUUUACACCGCCACCAGUUACCACUACACAUCGCCCACGGUAUUGUCGCUGCUAUGAGAUCUCUGAGAUUCGGCUAUCGGCUUCACCAGAAAAUUCUUGUGCAGGGGAAGGUACAUACAUAUAUACAUAUGUAUUUACUAGCACAAGAACGGGAAGAGUAACUAGGAAAUACCCAAUAUCACGGACUACUUCAAAAACUCCAAACGAAAUUAAGAAAAGGCAAAAUCUUAACCCGUUCCAACUAAAUAUUGGUGCUGAAGAUCGGGACCGAUUCUGAAAAUGUUUGAAUUGUCUACUAAGCACUUUUGAGCUCUUAUCGAGAUGAUGGAAAGCAUAGUAUGCGGACCAUAAUCGAAUCACUGCCAUGCUUAACUGUAAUAAUUGUGUAUUUAGGGUUACACCAAAGUCUUUCAGAAUACUAAGCAUAACCUUAUCCUCUGAUCCAAACAAGCUUAUCUUGGUUUCGUUAUAGCAAAUUUAAGCGCUUCCUGUUUAUUAUAUGUAUUUUUAUAUUUUUCUGAUAAUUCAAUUUCAUUUUCAAGUCGUUAAAAGUUUUAAAUCAAUUUUCAUGAACGUAAAGUACUAAAAUUCCGUGGAAAAGGGAUAAAGUUUUGCUUUUUCUUCCUCUAGUUUAAGAAAAGACAAAGAAAACAGUAAAAAACAAUAUUAAAGCAAUCAAUAAAACCCAAAAAACUUUUGAUUUCCUUUUUCUUUUGCUUUGUUAGUUAUACUAGUAAUUAGUUUUUUAAUAAUAUAUUACAUUAUUAAUGUUUUCUAAUGUAGUUUAGGUAACUACUUAUUAAAUUAUUAAAUCUUUUCACUUUAGGUCACUGUCUAGUUCCCUAAAAUCAUUUUACCAUUGCACUGAGUGCAAUCUUAUAAAUUCUCUGUAAUUUUUCAAGUAAUCACAUCGGUGAAAAGUUAAAAUUUAUCGUUUUAUAUAGAGCAAAUGAAUUUUUGUUAAGUAUGUACAGAAUUAAAACGAAAAUGAUUUCAAAAAUUCGAAUUUGUUU